AUGGUCAAGAAGCGAGCAUCCAACGGCCGUAACAAGAAGGGCCGCGGCAACGUCAAGUACAUCCGCUGCGUCAACUGCUCGCGAUGCGUCCCCAAGGACAAGGCCAUUAAGAGGUUCACCAUCCGCAACAUGGUCGAGUCCGCCGCCAUCCGUGACAUCUCUGAUGCCUCCGUCUUCCCUGAGUACACCGUUCCCAAGAUGUACCUGAAGCUCCAGUACUGCAUCUCUUGCGCUAUUCACGGCAAGAUCGUACGUGUCCGUUCGCGCGAGGGCCGCCGCAACCGUGCUCCUCCCCCACGUGUCAGGUUCAACAAAGAUGGCAAGAAGAUCACCCCCAACCAGGCCGCCGCUAAGACCUCGUAAACGUGUGACGAUGGUGUCCGGGAGUAAUUGAUCAUGGCGCUUGGGUCUACGGCUCUUUCGGGGCCUCAUACUUUGAAACAUGAAUGAAAUCAUGGAAGGAGAUGGGGCAGGCUACAAGUGACGAUUUAUGGUUGCAAGUUAGCUUAAAAGGAAUGCGAACAGCAUCAGGGUUAACUAUGAGCUUCUAAACGAUAUCCAGGUCGAAUGCAU